AUGGUGGACAUGGAAGAGGCCAUUAUAACAGGCAUGAAAUGGGUCACAGAGAUCACUAUGAACAUCAUGAAAUGGGCCACUAAGAUAGUCACCAUGGAGACCAUGCAGGAUCACAUGAUGGUUGCACUGGUGAUGGGUGGUGUUCUAUACAUGACUGAAGCCCAAACACAAUCAUUCAAUGGAACCAGUACAGCCAGCCCCCCUGAAUCAACCACAUCACCCAGUGGGACCAGCACAGCCAGCCCCUCUGAAUCAACCACAUCAUCCAGUGGGACCAGCACAGCCAACCCCUCUGAAUCAACCAUAUCACCCAGUGGGACCAGCACAAUCAGCCCCUCUGAAUCAACCACAUCAUCCAGUGGGACCAGCACAGCCAACCUUUCUGAAUCAUCCACAUCACCCAGUGGGAUCAGCACAAUCAGCCCCUCUGAAUCAACCACAUCAUCCAGUGGGACCAGCACAAUCAGCCCCUCUGAAUCAACCACAUCAUCCAGUGGGACCAGCACAAUCAGCCCCUCUGAAUCAACCACAUCAUCCAGUGGGACCAGCACAGCCAACCUUUCUGAAUCAUCCACAUCAUCCAGUGGGACCAGCACAGCCAACCUUUCUGAAUCAACCACAUCAUCCAGUGGGACCAGCACAGCCAACCUUUCUGAAUCAACCACAUCAUCCAGUGGGACCAGCACAAUCAGCCCCUCUGAAUCAACCACAUCAUCCAGUGGGACCAGCACAAUCAGCCCCUCUGAAUCAACCACAUCAUCCAGUGGGACCAGCACAGCCAACCUUUCUGAAUCAUCCACAUCAUCCAGUGGGACCAGCACAGCCAACCUUUCUGAAUCAACCACAUCAUCCAGUGGGACCAGCACAGCCAACCUUUCUGAAUCAACCACAUCAUCCAGUGGGACCAGCACAAUCAGCCCCUCUGAAUCAACCACAUCAUCCAGUGGGACCAGCACAAUCAGCCCCUCUGAAUCAACCACAUCAUCCAGUGGGACCAGCACAGCCAACCUUUCUGAAUCAUCCACAUCAUCCAGUGGGACCAGCACAGCCAACCUUUCUGAAUCAACCACAUCAUCCAGUGGGACCAGCACAGCCAACCUUUCUGAAUCAACCACAUCAUCCAGUGGGACCAGCACAAUCAGCCCCUCUGAAUCAACCACAUCAUCCAGUGGGACCAGCACAGCCAACCUUUCUGAAUCAUCCACAUCACCCAGUGGGACCAGCACAGCCAACCCCUCUGAAUCAACCAUAUCACCCAGUGGGACCAGCACAAUCAGCUCCUCUGAAUCAAACACAUCACCCAGUGGGACUAGCACAGCCAACCUUUCUGAACCAUCCACAUCACCCAGUGGGACCAGCGCAACCAGCCCCUCUGGGACCAACAGUGGGACCAACAUAACCAGCUCUACUGGAUCAGUCACACCAUCCAGUGGAGCUAACACAACAGCUACAACUACCAAAGUCACCAGCACAAGUACUUCCUCUCCAGAAAAUGCAGAAAAGCCUAGUGGAGACCUGAGGCCAUGGGAAGUAGUCCUAAUCACUCUGGCCUCUGUUUCAAUGGCUGUGAUACUUUCCACUGUGCUAUUCUACUAUUUUGUGAGUAUCUGA